AUGGCGUUAAAUGAGAAGUUGCAUAAGGAUGAUGGCGCAGAGAAAGUUGAUGCAAAAAACUAUAGAAGCUUAGUUGGAUGCCUCAUUUAUCUAACAAAUACCAGGCUAGAUAUUGUCUUUGCUGUUAGUUAUGUUUCCAGAUUCAUGCACGAGCUAAGUAAAAAUCACCACACUGCAGCAAAGAGAAUCCUUCACUAUCUACAGGGUACCAGAAAGCUUGGAAUUAAGUAUGCCAAAGAAGCAGAUAACAAGCUCAUUGGAUAUAUAGAUAAUUCAAAGAGUGAAAAGAGUUUGGAUGGGGAUGAUGCCCUGUUCCGGUGUUGUGUUGGGAAGUUUGGGUUUGGGGAUUGCGAUGCUGUUUCGCAGAGGGAGAAAGAGAGAUAA